AUUGCACCUUCCUGCCACCCUGGGCAGUGUCUGGGCCCUCAGCUCCUCCUCCCUCCACCCACCCCCUCACACCCACCACCACCAGCCCACGGGAUACCCAGCCCAGGCGGAGGAAACACCGAGCCUAGAGACAUGGGAGCUGGAGGAGCAUUCCACCUGCUGCUCGUGUGCCUGAGCCCAGCACUGCUGUCUGCUGUACGGAUCAAUGGAGAUGGACAGGAGGUCCUGUACCUGGCGGAAGGUGAUAAUGUGAGGCUGGGCUGCCCCUAUGUCCUGGACCCUGAGGACUAUGGUCCCAAUGGGCUGGAUAUCGAGUGGAUGCAGGUCAACUCAGACCCCGCCCACCACCGGGAGAACGUGUUCCUUAGUUACCAGGACAAGAGGAUCAACCAUGGCAACCUUCCCCAUCUGCAGCAGAGGGUCCGCUUUGCAGCCUCGGACCCGAGCCAGUACGAUGCCUCCAUCAACCUCAUGAACCUGCAGGUAUCUGAUACGGCCACCUAUGAAUGCCGGGUGAAGAAGACCACCAUGGCCACCCGGAAGGUCAUUGUCACUGUCCAAGCACGACCCGCAGUGCCCGUGUGCUGGUCUGAAGGCCAGAUGACAUAUGGCAACGACGUGGUGCUGAAGUGCUAUGCCAAUGCGGGCUCCCAGCCCCUCUCCUACAAGUGGGCCAAGAUCAGUGGGCACCAUUACCCCUAUCGAGCUGGGUCUUACAUCUCCCAGCACAGCUACCACUCCGAGGUGUCCUACCAGGAGUCCUUCUUCAGCUCCAUGAACCAAGGCCUGAACAAUGGGGACCUGGUGUUGAAGGAUAUCUCCAAAGCAGAUGAUGGGCUGUAUCAGUGCACAGUGGCCAACAACGUGGGCUACAGUGUUUGCAUGGUGGAGGUGAAGGUCUCAGACAACCGGCGUGUAGGCUUGAUCAUCGGCGUGGUGCUGGGCUCUCUGCUGGCGCUGGGCUGCCUGGCCGUAGGCAUCUGGGGGCUCGUCUGCUGCUGCUGCGGGGGCUCCGGGGGCGGCGCCCGCGGUGCCUUCGGCUACAGCAACGGCGGCGGGGUCGGCGGAGGGGCCUGCGGCGACUUGGCUAGUGAGAUCAGAGAGGACGCCGUGGCGCCCGGGUGCAAGGCCAGCGGGCGCUGCAGCCGCGUCACCCACCUUCUGGGGUACCCGACGCAGAACGUCAGCCGCUCCUUGCGCCGCAAGUACGCGCCUCCGCCCUGCGGUGGCCCCGAGGACGUGGCCCUGGCGCCCUGCACCACUGCCGCCGCCUGCGAAGCGGGCCCCUCCCCGGUCUACGUCAAGGUCAAGAGCGCGGAGCCAGCCGACUCUGCCGAGGGGCUGGCGCAGUGCAACAAAGGUCUCCUGGUGUGAGCGCGCCGCCGGGCUGCGCCCCGGCCGGGAGGAGGGCGCGGGGCCCUCUGCCCGCAGCUGGGGACACGUCGGGGCUGGUGCCGACCUCGCUCGCCCCAGGCCGCCAGGCGGCUGGGGGUGAAGGCAUUUCCCUAAGGAAAUGCGUCGGGAGGCAGAGCCUCCUCCCCACAAGUGGGAGGGGGCGGGCGAGGGCGCAGGAAGGCGAUCUCGAGCCUUCUCCGCCUCCCCGGGGCCGAAGGCUCUGGGGAGAGGGAGGGAGGAGGAGGAGGCCGAGUCAGUGUCCUAGAGAGGCUGAGGCCGGAGGCCCGGUGUCCCCAGCCUAAGCAGAGGGCCCCGGGGGCCGGGUGGGUGGGGGUCCGUCUGGACGAAUUGUUCUGUGUGUGAGGUCUGAGCUCUGAGGCUGCAGUGUUGGCACAAUAAAGAAACAUUGAGACGUGAGUCCGAAGUGGCUGUCCGCAUUCCACGAAGGUUGGGCACCGGGGUCGGGGGGGAGCGGGUCCUGCCCAGGGCCGGGGAGGGUUGCUUCUGUCGCUCCGCCCCAUCACCGCCCCUCUCCUCCCUCCUUCUGCUUG